CACCCAACAUGGACUCUGCAUACGACCACAUUCAACAGGAAACUUAUCCCGAGGACGGUCCCAAGCAGGAAUCUGCCAGUGGCAGCGCCCAGCCGCAGGCAAAUAACUUCAACGCCGAGUUCCAGGAUGCAUACAAGGCCAUCUCCAGCAGCCCGUGGGCCGCGCGCAUAGGAGGGUUCUUCGGCACCGUUAAGAAGCAGGGCGAGCAGUACAUCGACAACGCGAGCAAGCAAUACGCGCCCACGGUCCAGAAUGCAACCGCUGGCGUCUCCUCGCUGAUCAGCCACGCACGCAAGAUAUCCCUCCAAGCCGGCGACAUCCCCACACUGAAGCCCGAGUCUUCCGCCAAAGAUGGCUCGAUCCAGGAGGAAAAGGAAGACAUGACGGCGCACCCCGACCGCCCGGAAUCGCUGCCCGCCGACAUCGUCAGGGAGGCAGAAAGCAUGCUCUCGCGCUUCCGAUCUGAAGCUACAAAGCGGUUCAAGGACAUGGAAAAGGCAGAGGAUGCAGCAGAUGAGGCGUUGCUGAAGUUUGGAACCAAUAUCCGCAACUUUCUGAGCGAGGCCGUGUCCAUUGCACCCCCCGCAUCUGGCUCUGAAGCCGACACAAACGCCGCCGUGCUCUUCGAAUCAAAGGACAGCAGUGGCAAGAAGGUCGUGCAUGCCACGCGUUUCGAUGCACAACUCCACGUUAUCCACUCCUCGCUGGACUCUUUCUUGAAAGACCCCACUAGCCCUCAGUGGGAGGAGUGGAAGACCGAGUUCGACGUGGAGAAGAAAACAGACGCCAUCGCCAAGGAUCUGGAGAAGCAUGAUGAGCUGAGGAGUGCCAUGGAGAAGGUCGUGCCUGAGCGAGUCGACUACGCGGCGUUUUGGUGCAGGUACUACUUCCUACGCCAUGUGAUUGAGAGCGAGGAGCAGCGAAGGAAGGACCUGUUGAAAGCAUCCACCCCCGCCGACGAAGAAGAAGUAGCCUGGGGCGAAGACACAGACGAAGAAGAAUCCGACGACAACGACGACGAUGAAUCCGACGCAGAAGCAGCAGCCCCCAAGAAACAACCCGCCCCCGAACCCUCGCAACCCCCCCAAGCAAAAGAAGCACAACCCCCCACCUCCCCCCCCAAACAAACACAACCCCCCAAGAAAACAGAAACCUCCGACUCCGACUCCUCAGAAGCCUCCUCCGAAGAAGACGAUGAUUCGGAAGAAGACUCAGACGACGAAUCCACACCCCCCACUACUUCCACAGCACCACCCCCCUCCCAAUCCAAGUCGAACCAAGCAAUCCACCCCGCCGCCUCCAAAGAAACACUCAAACCCACACCCUUACCCCGCCGCUCAAACGACGAAAAAAGCGUCGCGGAUAGCGAUGCGAGUUAUGACCUGGUGAGCGGGGCGACGAGUCGCGCGACGGGGAGUCCGCUGCAGGGGGGUGCGGAUAGGGAGAAGAGGGGGGGUGGUGAGGAGAGUGAGGAGGAGGAUUGGGAGUAGCUUGUUUUCUUUUUCUUUACUUUGGUUUGGGGGAGUUUUUGGUGGGGGAUGGGAUCUUAUGAGGUUAUGAUGUUCGCUAUGCUAUUUGAUUGUAUGCUGUGAUAUGCUAUGCUAUGCUAUGAUGUAGUGGUAUCUCAAACUCCGUAUCUUCAUGCUCAAACCCCCUCCAUUCGAAAACUCCUCCCCACC